UGCAAUUGUCAUUCAUUCUCGUUUUGCUAAAAUUUAAAUGAAUUUAAAGUGAAUUCAGUGCCAAUUAUGAUAUAUUAAAAAACGAGUAUGGCUCAGAAUUUGCAAAAGAAGCCCUCGAAGGGCAUACUGAAGACUUCACGGAGUGUUGACCACCAGGACGGGACCCCUACGACUAGUAAGCGGGCGAAAGAGCAAAGGUUUGACGAAAUGAAUAUAAUGGAGACAUUUCAUCCCCCGAACAAGGAUUACGGGCACAUGAAGGUAGACGAGCCUAAGACGCCUUACUCGGAGUCUAUAGAUGGAGACUUGGUUCCUACAGACGAGUUGGACGCGAAUAUCCUAGCUGCGAAGCUCGCGGCGAGCAUGAACAAACCCCCGAAAUGUGUGGAGUCUUGUGACAGUGACGACGAGGACGAAUCGGAGGAGGCGCGCCAGCGGAGACUCGAGUUCGAGAAGAAGAGGAAAAUACAUUACAAUGAAUUCCAGGCCCUACAACUCGCGCGACAGUUAAUGGCCCAGGAAGAGGAAGACGAGGACAAAGCGGGCACCGCCACUUGACUGCAGCGCACAAUUAACUACUUGCUAAGUGUUCCAACUGGAUUCGAUAAAGUAAGUUCCGGCUUAGCAGACAAUACAACAUUGGAACGAGCUGUUAUUAAUAAAGUACAUAAUAAUAAUCCUAAAUAUGCCAUCGGCGGACAGUUCCUGUGGCAACAACGAAAUCAUAAGUGCUUGCAUAAAUUAUAAUUAUUAUUUAUUGUUGUACGCAAAGAUUCAAAUCAUUAGAUAUACCCUCACGUUUAUGAGUUGAGUGAGCUCACUCGAGUGAGUGAGCUCACUCAACUGUCACUUGUCAUACAGUGACAGAGCUGUGCAAAUUGAUAAUAAUCCAUCUAAUUCAAAAUGUUUAGAUGAUAGGUAGAGUUGAGUAAUGAUUCCCUUUUCCUACUCUACCCUGCAGUUAAGCACAACUAAAUUCAAUCUGCUAUCUGGAGAUUCUGGAUUCGAUGAAUUAUUAAAUCGGGCAAUAGAUACCGAAAGCCUUAGAUCAAGGACUAGUAGAUCAUGGUGGUGCUAAUUCUGUUGUAUAUAAAUCUUAAACUAUAGUUUACUACUUAUAGGAUAUAUCGCCGUAUUCAUCUUUGUCGUCUCGUUAAAAUGAACGUCAGUGAGAGAACUGUUAAUAAUCUAAAAAAGUCUGUCUCUUUUUGAUGACUGUAAAGAUUGGUCAUAAAGAAUACAGGCAUUUCAUAUUCGUCAAAAAUUUCACGCGGUGCGUUGCGGAUUCAACAAUAA